GGAGAGAACUUAAAAAUCAUGGCGGACAACAUGUGAAAGUAGUGGGUGUGUGAACAUGUAGACGGUUGUAUGGACAUUUCAAAUGUAUAUCUGCAAUAUUUAUUGGUAUAUUUAAUCACCUAAAUGGAUUAAGAUUCAAAUGCAGCUAUGGAGAUUGACGAAGAGCACGUCAAUACGCUGCUUAGCAUGGGCUUCCCUAGCGAUAUUGAGGUCAGGAAAGCCCUUCGCUUCGCCAAAAAUGACCUCAACGAUGCUGUAGCAUACCUUACCAACGACCAUUCCUCAUCAUCGUACGAUACACUAGAUGAUAUUGAAAUGAAAGAUCUGCAUCCCCGGAGUUCACAGGCACCUGUAUACGGCCCCUCCCCACCACCUAGCUACGACGAGUGUGUCAUUCCGGAGAGAACGGAUGGUCAGUCUGAAAAUGGCAGUGGGGGAGAAGGCAUGGUAGAGGAACUCAACCCUCUGGAGUUUCCUGUCACCAACCUGUACGAACUGGAGGGGCGUGUGUUUGCCGAACAAUGGUCCAUACCCUAUAAGAAAGAAGAAUCUCUGGGCAAAUGUCUAUUGGCUGCUACAAGACUUGCAGAAGCUAACAUGGCUGAAAAUGAUGAGCACUGUAGACGUUUUCUAGACAGAUGUAUGCCAGAGUCAUUCCAGAAGCUGAUGACAUACUCUGCUGUUCAUCGAUGGAAUGGAGAAAUCCAAGAAGGAAUUUUCAACAUGCUGCAGCUAUUUAUUGACUUGGUGGCUAUACGGCUACAGUACUUACCAGUGCCUAUUGGCCUCCUAGAUGUCCUACAAACGGCUUUAAACAAGGACACAGAGUAUCACUACAAGAACAGAUCUCGGAAGGAUAGGACAUACUGGGAUGACAAACUGGAGGGAGGACAACUGUUCACAACCAACACUGGCUACAAAUCUGCUCAGGAUACAUAUGGUUGGCUCUCCCAUCUGAUUAACAGGUUUGCAAUGAAGAAAGGUUUGGAGCAUGUGAAGGCCCUACUGGAGAAUGAAGAAAUGGAUGCUCCGUCUAUGGCAGCCCUACUGCGCCCAUUUGGGACGUGUGCUGAGUUCCUCAAUCCAGGAUCAGUCUCGGAGAUUCUGGCCCCUGGAAUGGAGAGGUCCAUCAAAUAUGUCCAAAAUCUAGAAGAGAAAGACUUUAAAGAAAAGAAGGUUGGAUAUGUAUCAGACCUGCUGGCUUCUAUGAAGCUGUUAUGUAUCCAGAUGUGGCCUCAGCACACAGACUCCCUGGACGACCUUCGACUGGAUAUCGCUCUACGCAUGCUCAAGUCUCCACACUUUAAUGCGAAGAUGAACUCCCUAAAAGAGGUCUCCAAGUUGAUAGAGGAAGCUGCCUCCAGUAAAGUGCCUAAGACAGCCAUUCCUUCCCGAAAGAUCUCCGAUUGGCUGGUGGAAAAUAAAAUUUUGUCAAUAGCUUUAGAAGGUAACAUAGACCAAACCCAGUACUGUGAUAAGAUAAAGGGAAUCGUCGACUACAUUGGUGCCGAGUUGUCCCAGGACGAGCUGACAAUGAUCUGGAAAAUGCAGAUACGACAGACAAAUAAUGUAACAGACAACAUUCAUUCCAUCAUUGCGGCAGCAGCGGUCAAGUUUGACCACAACCUACUGGACCACCUGUUUUGUCUUAUACACACGAAAUGGCAGGAGGAUAAUGAUAAGAUGCGGGAAAAGCUGCUAAGCUUGAUUGGAAAGAUCGGGCGAGAUGCAAGAGAUGUAAAAAGUACAACUAGGGUAUUGGAGUUACUGUGGGACUUGUCACACCUGCGAGCGAUGUCCACACACCUGAUAGAGCAGGCCCUAGAGGAGCAUCUGGCUAUCCUCAGUGACUCCUUCAGUGUCAAGGAGCAGGAAAAGAGGAAGUAUGUUGUCAAAUGUGUGGAGGACAUUAAAAAGGGUGCAUGUGUACUACCGGCCCUAAAACAGCUGCUACACAUCUGUAAAAACAUCUUAAAACAGUGCAUUCAGAAGUCAGACAAGGGAAUUCUCCAUGAACUCAACAAGAACCAUGAUGUCAUCAAGCUGGUCACCAACAGUCUAGUCAAGUGUCACAAGCUGGCUGUAAUGUCAGCAGGUGAUGGUCAGCUUAGUCAGCACACCAUUGUUGAUGGACGUUACAUGCAUUCAGAGUAUGUUACAAACCACGUGAGUUUCCUCCAGUACAUGCUGCAAGAGGGUGCACUCUAUCUUCCAUGGAGUCGGGCGCGGGAUAUCUGGGGCACGCUGAUUGGCAGUCCAGAUGCCUGUGACUGGGACAGGGAGACCUGUUAUGAUUGGUUCAGUCACGGACUCACUGACCUGGAGAUGGAAACACAGAGCCAGCUGUUCCAGAAAGAGUUGUUAAAGCUAGACCCAGCUAAACUUAGUGAGAAAGGUUUUACCUGUUUUAAAAGCUUCUUUGAAAACGUCAAUAAAUUUGAGCAUCGCCUUAAAUCUGACGGGAAUAAAUUGGUUGUAGAGAAGAGUGAGCUGCUUGGACUUGACUAUAUUUGGGAGAUCUGCCUCAAUACACCAGACGAAUCCAUUGCCAGCCAAGCCAUUUCUCUGUUGUUGUCUGUUCUCUACACAAACCUGGCACCAAGACUUAAAAAGGACCCUGUGAUACUACACAAGAAAUUUAUAGCUGACAGCAAGAGCAGACUAGAGGCGGCCAUGAUUGGUAUAGGUGGCACUGUGAUAGCUCAGUCAAUCUCCUGGGCAACCAAAACACUGACAGCAGCCAUUGUACCAGAAGUGGCCAAUGUGCCUUUACCAUCUCGGAACAUAAAGCUAAUGAACAUUGAGCGUUUGAUGUGGAUCGCGGAGGAGUAUGUACUGAAUGUGGAGGAGACGCACCACACAACACGCACCAUUCUCCCCCAUGGCGCAUCCUUCCAUGGACACCAGAUGAACCUCACUGUAACGUCUGAGUCACCCAAACAAGAAUUCUUACUUGUGUGUCAUAGCAAUGAGACACUUGGAUCUAUACGUUCAAAAAUAUCCAGCAAGCUACGACAGACACCAGAAAACAUACAGGUCGUCACUCAGGACAAAAUGCUGGGGAUCAAUGAUGACCAGAAGCUGUUAAAUCAGCUCGAGAUUGAAGACAACCAGGUGAUACAAGUACGACUGGCCACGUCCUCAGCUCUCCAGUCCUCACAAGUCAAGGAGAUUCAAGAAAGCCUAAGAAUAGAUGAGCCGCCAGCUACACCAACUUCGAAGCAGACCUUUGACCUAGAACAAGAGAAGAUGUUACCAGGUGUUGUGAUGGCUAUGGGUGGUCAGGUGUUUGAAAUGCUCUACCAGCUUGCAGACCUCGAGGAACCAAGAAUCACCUCGCGGGUACGGAAGCUGUUGAUGCUCAUCCCAACUGACCCAGCCAUUUCGGAGUCCCUGGACUCCAUCAGCAACAAGAUGUCCAAACAGAUGGGGUCUGGUGAUGACAUCAGUCCACGUGCCAGUCCACGUAAGACAACAGCCACUAUCACCCCUGUGUCCAGUCCUCGACUGCCGCCAAAGGAGGUCCUUAAGGUUCUGUUCGACUCCGGUGCCCAGGACAUGUCUGCCUUCAGGGUGCUGUAUAAUCUGGAGGUAUUGAGUUCCAAGCUGAUGCCCACGACCUGUGACAUAGGGACAAGGUUGAGUGCACAGCAGUUCUGUGAGGACUUCCUUAACUGUGAUGGCCUGCAGAUGGUUGUGAAUGUCCUUCAGCCCGAGAGUCUCGCUCCAGAACUCAACUACACCACGCGCCAGGGCUGUUACUCCAUCUGUCUACAGCUGGCCAGAUUUCUCCUGUGUGGCCAAACAGUCACCGGUGAGGCUGUCAGUACAGAAGGAGCGGCAUGCCUACCCUCGGAGGCUGGGGAUAUGCCCAAGGUCACUCUGUCAGCCACCCCCCCUACGUCACUGACCAGUCCACUGACUAUUAAUGUGGAGAGGGCGGUCACUGCUGCAGGGCAUGCAGUACAGACAAUGGGUGUACCGGUCUUUACGGAGACAGUGUCUUGUUUUAUGAGGGUAACGUGGGCGGCAGCUGCUGGUCGGCUCCACCUCCUCAGUUCCCCUCAGCCAAUCAUAGAAAGCUCCAACAUGUACGGGUGUGGCUGUCGUAGCCGACAGAGUAGCACUGGUAGUACAGCCAGUACCGGUAGUGAUAGUGACUGUCAAACACUACAUGCUGGUGUGUGUGUAAGGCAGACGUUCAUCUCCUCCAAGGAUUGCAAUAUAGCUAAGGAAGCCUUGGAAAUUCUUGUUGCUUGCCUUCAACUUCGUUGUGAAUUACUAGCCUCGUUUUACACGCUGCCAUGUGUCAGUGACUUCAUUAUAGACAUACUAGUUGGCUGUUCCCAGGCCGACAUCAGGAACGCAGCACUCGACCAGUUUUAUCUCCUCAGUCAGACUCAGUUAUCUCUCAGUGAGGGCAGCACCGUCAAUUCUGUUGGACAUCAAACUCCACACCAGUUCAUUUUAAAAGUGCUCCUCAAGGCUUAUCUCCCUUUCUGGGUGUCUUCCGCUAGCACAAGGGGCGCUAGUCAAAGAUUGUUGAUGCAAUGUUCCCAGUAUUUUGAUUUGCGGUGUAGACUACUGGAAAACUUAACAGAUGAAGAUCAGAAGAAACUGUCCUUGGAUGUACCUACUAUGUUGGAGGAUGAGAUCAAUUGGUUGGGAAAUUUUGUGCCGUCAACGAACCGUGACUUGUCUGAUACAGACAACAGUUUACUGGCUGGUCACCUGAAGCUCAUCAAGACCCUGUUUACCUGUGAGGGCAUAGACAAGGAGGAAUUUGGGAGAGGACUGGUGUAUGACCUUCUCAAUGACUUCCUGUUCCCGGCCUCCAAGGUCAUGAUGGAUAGUAUGGACGACUCUAACCUGAAGGGUGACCUCACUGAGGCCAAUCCAAAGUGCAGUAACUCAGAGUCACGUGUGGCAGCUUAUCACCUCCUGGCAGAGCUGGCCAUGGACAGCCUGCCUAUCCUCACCGACAUUUGUAAACAACUCAUUCAAAUGCAUCACCUACCUCAACCAGAUUGUGCCAAUGAGUGGGAGUACCUUCCCCCUGUUGAUGGACGGGCACGGUGUGGCUAUGUGGGCCUGAAGAAUGGAGGAGCUACCUGCUAUAUGAAUUCUGUGAUACAACAACUCUACAUGGCCCCGGGUAUUCCUGAGAGUGUGCUGGGGAUUGAUGACGACCAUGUAGAGGAAGAAAGUGUAUUUUACCAGAUCCAGCAGGUGUUUGGUCACCUCAUGGAGAGCAAGCUUCAGUACCAUGAGCCGGAGAAGUUCUGGAAGGUGUUCCAGCUCUGGGGACAGUCCAUAAACAUCCGGGAACAACAGGAUGCAUUUGACUUCUUCCAGGCUCUUGUCGACCAGGUGGACGAACACAUGAAGAAAAGUGGCAAGGAAGAACUUUUCAAAGCCAGGUUUGAGGGCAUCUUUUCUGACCAAAAGAUCUGUAAAGAUUGUCCACACAGGUAUGAGAGAGAAGAGUCGUUCUUUGCGUUGAAUUUGACGGUGAAGAAUGCCACUUUACAGGAUUCGCUCGACCAGUUUGUGCACGGGGAGUUACUAGAAGGAGACAAUGCUUACUUCUGUGAGAAGUGUGGUGAAAAGAGGAACACCAUUAAGAGGAUGUGUAUAAAGACACUCCCCCCUCUGUUGUGUAUCCAGCUCAAGAGGUUUGGCUAUGACUGGGAAGCAAACAGGGCACUCAAGUUUGAUGAUUAUUUCAAAUUUCCAUGGGUGUUAGACAUGGAACCAUAUACAACAGAGGGAAUGGCAAGACGAGAAGAGGCUACGGAAAAUGCAGAGAGCAGCUCGGAGUCAGAAUCAGGGGACACAACUUCAUCAUUAGAUGAACGAAUGCCUGAAAUUGUGGAGAGCUCGCAUGUGGAGUCAAAGCAGAUAAAUUAUGAGUUGGUUGGAGUUGUGGUCCAUAGCGGACAGGCCAAUGCUGGACACUACUACUCGUUUAUCAAGGACCGCAGAGGCACAGUGAUGGACAAUCCUAAUAAAGGCAAGUGGUACAAGUUUAACGACACAAUCGUGGAGGAGUGUGAGAUGACGGACGAGACACUGGAGGCGGAAUGUUUUGGUGGGACGUAUAAAGCCAAAGUCUACGAAUCCUCAUCAAGUUAUCCUGAUGACCGAGUACGCUAUUGGAAUGGAUACAUGCUGUUUUAUGAAAAAGUACAAGAACCCAAAAAUCCUAGUUCAGCCAAGAAAACAAAGAUUAUCAAACGGAUUGUACCGGACUUGGGGAAAGGAAGACUUGACUCUGACAGUCUGAUGGAGCUGACUGAGCUUGUCCACAAAGGAGAGCGGCGGGGGAUCUUCACGGAACAGAUGCCUGCUAGUAUACACCAAGUUAUACAAGGAGAAAACUUGACCUUCGUCAAAAAUAGGGAUGUCUACAAUGUCGAGUACUUCAGAUUUGUCAAAAACCUUGUAGAUCUUUACUCGGUAAGGGAUACAAAAAGUCGUAAUAAGAAGGAUUUCACUACCAUUUCUGUCCAAGCUCUCCAACUAGGAAUGAAAUAUUUGUUCAACACAUUCUUCAGGACGAAAAAGAGGACAAAAACCGACCUGUAUGAAUGGGCGGAGACCAUAGAGAGUAAACUACAGGGCUGCAAGGAGGCGUGUAUCUGGAUGGUGGAAUACAUGUCCGGCAUGGAUGGAUCCUCCUAUAUCAAGCCAUUUUUGUUGGAAUGUCCUAACAGAGACGUUCGGUUUACUUUCGCACGAAUCCUUGAUGCUCUGAUGUCAAGCUACUUCAAACAUGGAGGAAUACAGAGUAUAUCUCCAACCCAAAGGAGAACGACACAAAAGAACUUUGAUGAAAUCCUCGAGCACCUGCUUCAGAUGCUGAACAAGGAUGUGAUAGACCAUUGUAAAUACUGCACCCAGUACUUCCAGGUCUUGUUUCACUAUGUACAGUUGGGCACAAAGGCGUGUACCCACAUGUUUCUGAGAAGAGGCUUCCCCCGACUAGUCACUUUUCUCCUCGGGCAGUCACAACAGCACCUGGAAGAUCAUGAGUCGUCAACACGGAGAUGGAGCUCCAUACAGUCACGCGAAUUUGGCAAUCUACAUUCAACCUUAGCAAUACUGAUCCUAAACUGUGAUGUCUCCCACUACCAUACAGAAGAAAUAGGAGACUAUAAGCCUUAUAAACCACAAUCUGGUGUUCACCCGGCAAAGUUACUGAAGAUGUCGCCAGAGAUGGAGAAGUAUGUGAUCGGGGCAGAGUCUGUCCGCUAUCUUCGUGAGGUGGUACAGGCUAUACGAGAGAUCAGUAACAUGUCUCACCACGUGUCGGACAUGAUCAUCUACUGCAGUUUCUGUAACCAAACCUUCAGUGACACAGUUCUCAAACAACUCAUGCUCCAGUACACGAACGGUCCCUCCAACGAACUCAAGAUGAUCUUCUCACUGCUCAUGGAACUACUGUCGUUAGAAGACCCAGUACAGCUGGCUCGCUUGGAACUGGUCAUAGAGGGAACAAUAGAUGACUCAGGGACACAGUAUGAGGGACUCAUAGGUGUGAUACGGCAAAACCACUUGCUCGACAGUCGAAGGUCGUACACUUGUAUAAAGUUCCUGGUCAGCCUGGCCAACAGGUGCUCUGCGGCCAAGAACUACCUGAUGCAGAUCCCUCCCAAAUGGCAGUGGGCGGUCAACUGGCUUAAGAAAAAGGUAAAUGACUUAACUGUUGGUUAUGUGAACAUGCACA